AUGAAAGAAGCUAGGGACACUGACACUUCCCUUGCCCAAAAAAUUAGUGAUUACGAUUCCUCCUUAUCGAACCUGGGCCAACAACCCAACAUUCACCCCACUCUCGAUUCCAGCCAUGAAAUGAGCUGGUCUGGAGGAGAUUGGAUGUGCGGUGUUUGCCAGCACGUAAAUUUCAAAAAGAGGGAAGCAUGCCAGAGUUGUGGAUACCCAAAGUAUGGGGGACCUGACCCUUCAACCUACAGAUACAACAGGACUGAAGCUUUGGCAGGGGACUGGUUUUGCAGCUGUGGAGGUCACAACUAUGCCAGUCGAUCAAACUGCUACAGAUGUGGUGCAAUGAAAGAUGACUAUUCUUCAGGAUAUGGCAACAACUCUGGAGGAUAUGGAUCUGACACUUUCCCCCCAGGAUGGAAGACUGGAGACUGGCUUUGCCCAAGACUUGGAUGUGGAGUGCAUAAUUAUGCUAGCAGGACAGAAUGCUAUAAAUGCAAAAUGCCAAGGGAUUUUGGUGAGAAAAGUUUAGUGUUCUGA